GUCUGGCAAGACGGGGCGCCCACGCAUUGCAACUGCGAGGGCCUGCGGGCGGGCUGCCCUUUCGUAAACAAAGGAUGGGUCCGGUGACCUGAGGGACGAUGGGCGCCUUCAGGGUGGUGGCCACCUGCCUGCACCGAAGCAGGAACGUCUUCAGACUGCUCGUCUUCAUCAUGGUGGCCACCCUAGGCACGGCCGUCGUCUUCUACCUCAAAGUGGAGGACCGUGGCGACUACCUCGGCCGCCUCCACGGCCCCCACCACUUCGGACGCAACCUCGGCAUGAUGGAGGAGUUCCAGCCUGGCCAACACCUCAAAGGUCGACCCUUCAGCAGCAAAUCGUAUUGCAACUUCACCUUCAAGCCUGUGGAUUCUGCAGAUCCUUGGGACAUGUUGGCCUUCGACCCUGGCCAGGUGCAACCGAGCGUGCAACUGGGAGAGGAUGGGCCGUACAGGGUGGUCUACAACGUCGUCUCGAGUUUGAACGCGUCUCGGGGUGCCAUCACGUACUGCACGCACGCCACCCCCGAUUUCAUCUUCCACCUGAGCGAGUUGUUGCUGCACUGGGACGGCGCGGUCAGUGUGACGCUUUACGCCCCCGGCUCGGACGCACAUUUGGCUGCCCUGUUGGUCGACAAACUGUGCAGAUGCGUCCCACAAAUGGCACAGGUGUCCGUGCACCUCUCCUACCCCAAGGAUAUGCCACCGGUCAAGGGUGACUGGGUGACAGUCGAUGAUUUGAAGAUGGACGACUGCAGUCCUCCCGCAAAGAAAAUCGACACGCAAAGGAAAACGCAAGAUUUGACGUACCCAGUCAACGUGGGUCGCAACGCAGCCCGACAGGCGUCAAAAACCAAUUUUGUUCUCGUCUCGGACAUCGAAUUAAUUCCAAGCAGGGGCCUCAACGAUCAAUUCGCAGUUCUGCUGCGCCGACUGACUGAACGAAGAAACAUCUUGAUGAAAACUCGCGCCGUGAGCAACUGGACGGGCAAGGGCUUCGUCUACGUUCUGCCCGUUUUUGAGAUUGAGCCGUCAGCCUCUGUUCCGCAAGACAAGGAGCAACUUUUGAAGCUCUACUCAAAGGACAGGGCCGUGUUUUUUCACCGCUGGGUUUGUCCACACUGCCAGAAAUUCCCAGGCUUACAAAAGUGGCUCAAGCGUAAAGGGAAAGCCGAUUUCAUUCAGCCUUUGAUAGUGGUGAACCGGGAAUACCCUUUUCACAGAUGGGAGCCAGUGUACAUUGGCACUAAAAAUGAACCACUUUACAGUGAGGAGCUCACUUGGGAGGGUCAGCAAGACAAAAUGACCCAAAUGGAUCAGAUGUGUCUGGAGGGUUACAAAUUUGUGAUUUUGGACCGAGCUUUUCUAGUUCAUUCGCCAGGAAUCAAACGGAAGUCGCCGAUAGUGAGUAAGUGGCGGAAGCCCCACGAGCAGAAAAACAUGAAAUUGUACAUCAGCAUCACGCAGAAUUUGCUUAAAAAGUACGAAAACCCAAAUCAGCGUUGCAAACUUCAAUGAAAAGUUCCAUUACCAGUGCAGCAUUUGUAUGUAAACCUAGGCACUCUAUACUUAAAUUCCUCCUGUGAUUGAGGUUCUUUUCUACCGAUUAGAGUUUCUAGCUGUAGAAUAAAAUCUGUAAUGUCUGUGAUUCACACAACUAUGCUGAAUAACUCUUGAAACUAUAAUUGAAGUUUAUCUUUAGGCUAGGGUCUCUUGAGAGGUUGACAAUUUCUUAUAAUUCAACAGUUAAUAAUUUUGCGAUAGAUAAGUUGAAGUUAAAAGAUGGUCCUUUGCGCAACUUAAAAAAAAAAAUUAUUUUGGACCAACAACCAAUAUUGAUCGCAUUAUCAAAAGCCAUUUUAGUAUUUUUCUGUCACUUGUUUUGUUAAAAAACAUUCUCUUAAAAAUAAUUCCAAAAAGAUUUAUCAGGAUCUUCUCUUCAGCAUAAUUUUAUUCAUUCUCUGAAAGUCUUCAGACCCUUUAUCAACCCUUGCAUUCCCUAGUUAAUAAAAUUUGAGUUAUUAAAUUAAAAAUUUCUGGAAAUUUACCAUAGCCACAAUUUAGCCUUCAAUUUUAACGUAACUGUUUUCCUACGAGUUUAGAAUUUAGAACACACAUUCUGAAGAAUAAUAUUAAUAAUUUUUGAAACACCAAAGUGACGCAGAGCCUCUCCACAGAAUUAGAAUGCGUUGCUCAUUCUAAAAUUCAUCUGUCCCUAGCCGCGCUUAGCAAAAUUUAGUGGAAGACUAUUUUAAACAAAAAAGAAAAAUGCAUAAAUUUCACUCUGUCGGUGUUUUUUCCCCUUACGAGUCUGAAUUUCACACGACUUGUUAGCAUGGACCUUGUGAAUGUUAGGCGUAACCGAUUCAAAAACUAUGUAAUCUGUGUGUCAUCCACGACCAAUUUGUGUUGCCAAACGACCCAUGAAGUGAUUUUUAUAAUAUUCUUGUAUUUGCAAAGCUGUCGGUGUUGCGCAUUUUGUCUAAUAUGAGUGAGCAUAGAAAAAGCACACGUGAAUAAUUAUAUGUAAAUUGACCCUUGGGGAUAUAAUUAUAAUGUAUAAUAUAUGCAUUUCAAUUUCGAUGUUGUUGAUCGGAGCAAAAAAUAAAAUU